AUGUCUACAGGUGCCCCGGAGCACCCAGCGGUGGAGAAAUCCCACGACGUGAAGGGCGCCUUCAAGCACCCCUUCUCGCGCUUGAAGGAGAAGUUCGAGAAAACGAGCUUGGAAGAUGUGAAGAUCUCUCUGAUUGUAAGUUUGCACGAGCUGGGUAAAUUCGCAAACCUCCUCAAUAGCAACCACCGUCACGACGAGGAGCACGAGAAGGCGACAGACCAGAAGCGCACAGGCAUUUCAGAGUCCCACAGAUUCAAGUCGUUUGCGCCAGAGCGCUUCGACAACGAUGUGAAGUGGUACGUGGAUGGACGGGAUUACUUCUGGGCUGUGUCGGUGGCCCUCGAGGAGGCGAAGGAGACGAUCUACAUUGCCGACUGGUGGCUCUCGCCCGAGCUAUUCCUGAGACGACCCCCAUACUAUAACCAAGAAUGGCGCCUGGACCAAAUCCUGAAGAGGAAGGCCGAGCAGGGAGUCAAGAUCUACAUAAUUGUAUACCGCGAGGUGGAGGCCGCACUUACUUGCAACUCGGAGCAUACGAAGAAAGCCUUGAGGGGUCUUUGUCCGGAAGGCAGCCCUGGAUACGGAAAUAUCAUACUCAUGCGUCACCCGGAUCACAACGUGUUCGAGAAUGCGGCGGAUAUGACGUUCUACUGGGCGCAUCACGAGAAGUUCAUUGUGAUUGAUUACGCUAUCGCUUUUAUUGGUGGCUUGGAUCUGUGCUUUGGGCGUUGGGAUAGCCACCAGCACGCGCUUGCUGAUGUGCACCCUAAUGGUGUUGCGGAGGAGAUUUGGCCCGGCCAGGACUUUAAUAACAACCGUGUUAUGGAUUUCCACAACGUGGAUGACUGGGAGCAAAAUCAAAUCAGCAAAGCUGAGUAUGGACGUAUGCCAUGGCACGACACCGCCAUGGGCGUCAUCGGAGACUGCGUUGUUGAUAUCGCAGAGCAUUUCGUCCUCCGCUGGAACUUCGUCAAGAGAGACAAGUACAAGCGCGACAAGAACUACCCCUGGUUAAUCAUGGAGGGCAGAGAAGGUGAGAAUGAGGACAUCAUUGGCGUCCAGAGGCCGAAGCACCCCGUGGGAGGAUAUGUCAAGCACCCCUUGACUCCACUUUCGACCAAGAAGCUCGGAAAGCAGGGCACGAUCCACGCGCAGAUUGUGCGAAGCAGCGAUGAUUGGAGCAGUGGAAUCCUCACGGAGCACAGUAUUCAGAAUGCGUACUGUGAGGUGAUUCGCAAUGCGGAGCAUUAUGUUUACGUUGAGAACCAGUUCUUCAUUACUGCUACUGGCGAAGAACAGUCUCCAGUUAAGAACCAAAUCGGAGCAGCUAUUGUCGAUGCCGUUCUCAGAGCAGCAAAGGAGGACCGCAAAUUCAGGAUAAUCCUGGUCAUCCCGGCGAUCCCAGGAUUCGCUGGUGACCUCAGAGAUGAUGCUGCGGCUGGUACACGUGCUAUCAUGGACUACCAAUACAAGUCCAUCUGCCGUGGCGAGCAAUCCAUCUUCGGGCGCAUCAAAGCCGCAGGCGUUGACCCCGAACAGCACAUCCAUUUCUUUAACCUACGCUCCUACGACCGCCUAAACGUCACACCCAAAGUCAAGAAGCAAGAGGAGGAGUCGGGCGUCUCGUACCAGGAAGUCCAGAAGGCUGAAGCCCAUAAGAUCAUGGGCGGUGGAAUUGAUGGGCAGGGUAAGGACGGUGGUGUCCCCGGACCCCAGGAACCAGGCCGUCAGGCCUCAAACACUGCAGAGCAAGAGAGGGAGACCGAUGCUAUUCGCAAGUUCGAAGCUCAUCGCGAUGAGACUGGUGGAAGACAACCCGAGAGUAAAGACAGCGUCGCCAAAAACGCCAUGCUCGGCCAGCCCAGCCUCGCCUCCGAAGCCUGGGAAGGCGACGACCAAGAAGAGGCCAACCUCUGGAUCCAAGAAGAACUCUACGUCCACGGCAAACUCCUCAUCGUCGACGACCGCAUCGCCAUCUGCGGCAGCUCCAACAUCAACGACCGCUCGCAAAUCGGGUAUCACGACAGCGAAAUCGCAAUCGUGAUGGAAGACACUGAGAUCCUCCAGAGUACCAUGAACGGCAAGCCCUAUGAAGCGCGCCGCCAUGCUGCUACGCUCCGCCGCUACUUGUGGCGCGAGCACCUUGGUCUCCUGCGGCCGCAGGAGCUGGAUGCGAGUAACGACCGGAACGCGCAGCCGCCGCCGAUCAAGAAUGAUGCGGAGGAGGAUGAGCAUUAUGAGUUUGUGGCUGAUCCGUUGGGUGAUGAUCUGUGGAAUAUGUGGACGCAGAGGGCGACGCAGAAUACGAGGGUGUUUAGGCAGUUGUUCCAUGCGGAUCCGGAUAACUGCGUCAAGACGUUUGAGGAGUACGAGAAUUACCUCCCACCUAAGGGAAAUCGCGCGGGACAUAUCUUUGAUAAGCAGCGUGCGGCUACGGAGAUUCGUGAGCAGUUGGAUACUGUCAAGGGACAUCUAGUAUGGAUGCCGCUUGACUUCUUGAAGGACGUGGAUCUAGCGGAAAAGAAUGCCGGGAUGGCGGUGAACCAGUGGACGGAGAGUAUUUACACGUGA